UUGGUGAAAUGUGGCAGCUUUGAUGUUGUUGAAGGCUUGAAGCUGAAGGUGAUGAUGAAGGGGAAAAUUGGAAUAUUAUUAAGUGAUGGCUUUAUGCUUUUGCCGAUCCAUUAUCAAUUCUCCUCCAUUCUCACGUCAAUCCCCAUUCCCUCUGAAUCACCACCAAAAAGCCCUUUUUUCACCUUCUAGAUUCAACCCUCUUCCUUUUGCUUCUCCUUCUUCUACUUCCCUCAAAGCUUGCCAAUUUACUGCUCCGACACUCACUCAUCAGAAGAAACCCCGUUUCAGGGCUUCAAUUUCUACUCAAUCGUCAUCCAUGGAAAACCCACCCCAAGGUUAUCGAAGAAAUGUUGGUAUCUGUCUCAUGAAUCCCUCUUCCAAAAAGAUUUUUGCGGCGUCGAGACUUGAUAUCCCGGACGCUUGGCAAAUGCCACAGGGAGGAAUUGAUGAUAGUGAAGAUCCAAGAACCGCAGCAAUGAGGGAAUUAAGAGAAGAAACUGGAGUUACUUCAGCAGAUAUUGUCGCUGAGGUGCCGUAUUGGUUGACGUACGAUUUUCCUCCAGAAGUGCGGGAAAAGUUAAAAGUUCAAUGGGGAUCAGACUGGAAAGGUCAAGCACAGAAAUGGUUUCUUUUCAAAUUUACUGGAAAAGAUGAUGAGAUCAAUCUUUUGGGUGAUGGCACUGAGAAGGCUGAAUUUGGGGAAUGGGCAUGGAAGUCACCAGAAGAAGUCAUUGAUCAUGUAAGUGAUUGUCAAGUCUAAACUCUAAAUAAACUAAGCAUUUUACUGUCCGCACUAAAUAGUAAGACCUGAACAUAUUGCCAAAUCCUCUAUGCAGGCAGUUGAUUUCAAGAAGCCUGUGUAUAAGGAAGUUCUGUCAGUUUUCUCGCCUCACCUCCAGUAGUUUCAAUGAUGAUGUUCUGUCCAGUGGCAGGCAUAACGGUAUCAGUUUAGAUUUCCAGGACAGCAAAUCAGCAAAUGCUAAUAAUUCUAGAGCUUUUACAUACUGAUAUUGUUCUCGCUGAAGGAUCCAUACUUUCAGAUAGUUUUUUUUUGUUCUCAAUGAGAAUUGUAUAUCUGAGACUGAUCGGUUGUAUCUGAAGCCUUGUAAGCCUUGUAAGAGUUAAGUUAUCAGACAGACUACCAGAGUGAAUAAUAUUACAUGAAAUUAUGAUCAUGCUCAUUGUCAUUUUGUCCGAAUAUUGCAUAAUUAGUUGUGCUGUUCUCUAAUAUCAAC